UUCUAUCUGUCUUCUUCCUCCAUCUAGCCCUAAUUAUAUUGGGUUACUCUGUUUUUGGCAGGAAAGAUGUCUGGUAAAGGCGCCAAAGGUUUGACCACCGGCAAAACCCUCGCUUCCAACAAGGACAAACACAAGAAAAAACCCAUCUCUCGUUCUUCUCGAGCUGGUCUCCAGUUCCCGGUGGGUCGUAUCCAUCGUCUACUAAAGCAAAGGACCACGGCACAUGGGAGAGUAGGAGCCACGGCUGCGGUUUAUUCUGCUGCUAUCCUGGAAUAUUUGACUGCAGAGGUGUUGGAGUUGGCCGGAAACGCGAGCAAGGAUCUUAAGGUGAAACGUAUUACCCCCUGGAGAGGGAGAGAUGCAGAGAACUCUCUCGCCCUUCCUCCUCAGGGGAGGAGCAACCGCCCUACACCGGUGGCGGCCACGGCGGCUCACGCGGAGCCAUGGCAGCCGGCGUCAGAGGCUGUCGGCGAGG